ACCAAACAUGUGCAUCACUCACGCUUCUUGCGUAACGGAGGCACUUCGUAUCAUUUGCUUGCAACUGCCUGCCUAGGUGCCUGACGCUGAAGUUUCUUUUCCGGCAAUAAAACACUUCAUCUUUCUUCUCAUACCUCUCCUCUUCUCUCUAUCACACAACCACACACCGUCCUCGCGCUAGAUCAAUUCAUAUCAGUACUCCAUUGAUCCUCUCCCACGAACAACAGAACCUCAAUACCCAACCCGCCACCAUGUCUGACAACGCUCGCAAGCCCUUGACUGAUCGUGUCGGCGAGACCAUCACUCCUGAUUCUCAAAAGUCCUACGCCGACAAGGCCAAGGAGACCACCACUGGUACCGCAGACAACAUUGCAGGCAUGGUUCAGCCAGGUGACAACAAGUCAACCAGCCAGAAACUCUCUGAUGAGGCUUCCUCCAAGACCGGCACUGCUCAAGACACUGCCUCCAACCUGACCCAAAAAGCCUCCUCCACCGCCGGCUCCACUACCGAGAGCGUCCAAACCAGAGCAUCUGACCUAGGUCAAAAGGCCAGUGAAAAUACCGGUGCUGCUCAGAAGAAUGCUCAAGAGACUGCUUCCAACUUGACUCAGAAGGCCAGUGAAAACACUGGUGCAGCACAACAGAACCUCAAAGACACUGCUUCCAACCUCACCCAACAGGCUAGCGAAACUGCUGGUGCUGCCCAGAAGAACAUUCAAGAGACCGCUUCCAACAUCUCCCAGACUGCUCAAUCCAAUGCAGGUGCUGCUCAAGAAACUGGCCAGGGAUUGAUGGGACAGGCACAGCAGAUGGCUGCAAAUGCGUUGAACAGUGCUAGUAAGGCUGCAUCCGAUCUCGCCAACACCAUCUCUGGUGAGAAGAAAUGAGCAGUGGACGACAUUGACCGACGCUAUCACAAGAAACUGCAAGAAUGCAGAGUGUAUCUACGACAUGCCGAACACGAACCUGUUACGAAAGACAUGGAAACACCCCUCCGCCCUGGCAUGGCCUGUGCCGGUCCUUUCUUAGCAAUAGCACCGAGUGUGCCUUGAUGGACAGCCUUGACAGAGAACAGACGAUUGGUAGUUUAGUACUUUACUGAAGUAAUAAUAGUUAUUCUUCACAAGAUCCAAGUCGCUCAUUGCUUGAUUUUUUGGUCUCUGG